AUGUCCGCCGAGCCCAAGACACAAGCCGAACAGGACGCGUACGCCGCCGGGCUGCUGGACGCCCAGACCAAGGCGGCGAGCAUGUUUGACGAGAUUGAGCGCGACCUGCUGCGGCCUGGCAUCUCGGAGAAGGCGCUGAACGACGCUAUCCAUGCGCUUGGCGAGGCCCGCCACAACGUGCGCACCCACUGGCAUAAGCGUGUCAUUCGCAGCGGAGAGAACACUCUUUGCCCAUUCGAGGAGAACCCGCCCGACCGCAUCAUCCAGGAGGACGACAUCCUCGUCGUCGACCUGGGACCCGUGUUCGAAAACUGGGAAGCCGACUUUGGACGCACCUAUGUGAUGGGCAACGACCCAGCAAAGCUCAGGCUGCGCGAUGCUCUUGAGCCCAUGUGGCUCAAGGUCAAGGGUAUGUACGACGAGCGUCCCGACAUGUCCGGCGAGGAGCUGUACGAGAUCGCCUGCAACGAGGCGCAGAAGGAGGGAUUCGAGUUUGGCGCACCUCUCGCAGGCCACAUAGUCGGCUCGUUCCCCCACGAGCGCAUCCCGCGCGACAAGAUCACCCUCUACAUCUCAAAGGGCAACAAAAACUCGAUGGUCUCUACCGGCAAGAAUGGUUUCAAGCGUCACUGGAUCCUGGAGAUUCACCUGCGCGACCCCGUUGCCAACAUCCAGGGCUUUAGCGAGCGCCUCCUCACCGUUGCGUAA